AUGGAAGUCGACCCACCGCCCGCGUCCUUCCGUCUCCCACAGGAGAUUCACGACGCGAUCUUAGACCAUCUGCAUGCCGAUUUCCUCACGCUCAAGGUCUGCAGUCUUGUCUGCCGCGCGUGGCUGCCGACGACGAGACUGCAUCUCUUUCACUCCAUACGCCUCGCGGACAUGAGUCAGUUCUGCUACUUUUCUCACCUCCUG